AUGGUCCCUGGUGAGACGUGCUUCAAUUUGAAUUUCACUAAUCCUGGAUCUAAUUCACCAUGCCAGUCGCUACUCUUAACACCCAAAGAAACGUCAUCAACAGAGGAAGGUGUGAUGGGAGGUGAAUGUGAAAGUUCAUCCCCGCAGUUGCAGCAUCAGGUGAACGAAGGGACGCCGACAUUACCGAAUGGAAAAAAAACGAAAGGUCGAGUAAAGAUAAAAAUGGAAUAUAUUGGCAAUAAACUGCGAAGAUAUACAACAUUUAGUAAAAGGAAAACUGGAAUCAUGAAAAAAGCUUAUGAAUUAUCAACAUUGACAGGAACUCAGGUAAUGUUGCUGGUAGCAUCGGAAACAGGUCACGUUUAUACAUUUGCCACGAAGAAAUUACGACCGAUGAUCUCUUCCGAAGCUGGAAAAACACUAAUUAGGAAUUGCCUUAACACUCCUGAUAUUGAUGACGCGGUGGAUCCAAUCGGGGCACGACAAGAAUUCACAUUUGAACCACAACCAAAUAUUUCAAGAAAGCGAAAAUUAAAUGAGUGUCCUGAAUUACCAACAAUGGUUCAUCCCACAGUGAUAUCUGCCUCACCUACUUGUAAUCCAGAAGAAGCGGAGAAUUCCGAUGGAGGUGAAUCAGAAAGCGUUGACAGUCAUGACGCUGUGAUAGAGGAAAGCGAAACUGAUAAAGAAAAAGAGAAAGCGACUUCGUUGUCAUUACAACAAACAUUAAAAGAAGCUCUUCGUGUUGCGGCCGCUCAACGACAGUUACAAAAAAGCAAAGCAAAAAUUAAUAACACUAAUGAUGUUAGAAGCGUCAUUAAUAAUAGUAAUAAUAAUAACAGAAACUAUGGUAAUAAUGCUCAUAAUGGUACCACUGGUAACAUUGCUACUAAUACCAAUGUUCAAGCCACCGCAACAUUCCCUCUUCUUGCACCAUUUCUGUUACCAGGCUUGAACUCGGCUUCAACUACGAACAACACUAUCAUGUAUCAGAUACCUCAAGGAGUGGUUUAUACAAAUGACGAAGGAGCUGAUAAUACUUCUUUAUUCGCUAAUGGCAAUGGCAGCAACAACAAUUCUUGCGAGAACCAACAAACUAGUCAACAAUUUAUGUUUCCUAUUAAUUCGCUCACCUUGCAACAGAGUCUCUUACAAAUCAUGUCAACAGCAGCGCUAAGUGCAGCUCAAUUAGAAAACAGCGAACGUUCCAGCUGA